AAUAUAUUUAUUAUAUUCUCCAUAAUCAACUGCCAGAUAAAAAGUCAAAGGGUCUUGAAAAUAAUAGCGCGGAAUUUGUAAACAACGAUAAGUAUUGUUUUGAUGGAUUAUGACCACUAGCACUUUAAAAAAGAUAGCGAAAUUCUAUUAACUAAUCAUAAAAGCACGAGAUGAGUUAAGACUUCGUUUGUUAUACAAGAAAUAAUUUGAAUCAGUUUUCUUAUGUUGUACCGAAAUUAAAUCAUAUUGUGUUUAAGUCCUUAUGACUUCAAUAGAUGAAGAAAUGGAGCCUUGUAGAUUGAGUUGCGUUACUCGUUCAAUGACUGCAAAUAUGAAUGAAAAAGAAAAGAAAAUGAAAGAAGAAAAAAAUAAAAUUCGGGAAAGAAAAAAAAGAAAAAGUAGUAGUAGUUUUUAUGCGAGAAAAAAAAAUCGAGUAAAACGUAAAAAAUAUUUUCACGAAACUCGCGAACGAAAAAUAGAACUUUGCGAUUUGAGCGAAGAAGUUUUAAUAGCUAUAUUAGAGCAUGUUUCUGCUCCUGGACUUGUAAAUACUAGUAAAACCUGUUGGCUAUUUCAUCGAGUUUGUCAUACUGAUUCACUUUGGAGGCAUCGUUGUAAGAAUGACUUCAACCUUGAAACAAAAUGGACAGAAUUUUCUUAUUUGUAUCUAUAUGAAAUGUUUUUCAAAGCUGCUACUCUUCGAGAUGAUCAAAAUUUUUUCAAACCUGUUAGUCAAUUAAAAACAUCAGUAAUUGUAUGGUAUUUGACUAAUCCACUACCUCCUUGUCAUGUUGUUGGACAUCUUACAGCAAGUCAAGUAAAAUCAAUAUGGGGAAUAACAGAGGAAGAAUUAGAAGAAAUGUACUUUGAUGACACAGUUGAUCGUCCUGAAAUCUUUCCACUAUGUCAUUAUGAAUGGAGUCGCCUGUAUACUGUUUUCCUAAAGAAACAUGGUGGAAUUAUUCCUAUGCAAAAUUAUGUCCUUAAACGAUGUUAUCGAAAUCGUCAAGCUUUAGAAGAGCAUUAUAAAUUAUCUUUGCAUGCAUCUCGAAGACAAAAAUGGUACCAAUAUCUUGAAGAUCAAGAUGUUGGAAACAGAGAAGCAUUAAAAGCCCUUACCGAACAUAUGCCAAAAGUCACUUAUAUUUAUAUGUUACAUCAGAUUACUGCAAUGUAUAUAGAUGGCAGUCUAAAAGGUGGAUUUCAAACAGUUAAAGCAUAUGCUGACUUUUGUGCUAAAUUUAAGUCAUGGGUAGAAGAAAAAAGUGUAGGAGUGUGGCCUCCACGCCUAGGUGAAAUUCUUGCUCAGGAUUAUCGAGAUGCAUUAGAUUAUGUGAACAAAACUUUAGCUACAGUUGCAGAAGAACGGGAACUUUGUGCAGAAUCGUUUAUGCGUAAAGCAUGUCCAUUUAUUGAAAAACUUCAUGAGGUCUGGCUUUGGCAAAAUCAACAUGGUACAGCUUAUAGAAAAGAACAUCGAUCUUCAAUGCUUGUUCGAAGACAUGAUUGUUAUAGAAAAUAUUUGGAAAAUGGACGUUUAGAAGACUUUGCAAAACUUCGCAUGUAUUUUGAGAGACGUGAAGUAUUGAGUCAUUGGCUGAAAGAAAAUCUUUGGUUAGUUUCUAUACUUGGAGAUGUUGUUAUUAGAAGUUUGCGACCUCCAAUGCUUACGCCCGAUUAUACUUUUCCUGUUCUUGGAAGCGAUCCUGUUGCUUGUCUAGUUCAAAGGUUUUUAGAAAGUGGUUUAUACACGGAUUUUAACAAAGUAAGAAGAGAACUUUCAGAGCUUGCUUCAUUGCAGCUUCAUAGUUUAUUUAAAAAAGCCCAAUCUCUUGAACAUUCUGUUAUAACCGAAUCAGUCCGCCCUGAACUUUACUUUAUACAAGAAGCUAAUAGAAGGCUGCAACAACGGCAAGCUUUAAUGCACCCGCCUCAUAUGUACUUUCAUCCUCGCUCAUAUUAUCCGUGCAAUACACAUCGUUUUAGGUAACAAAAAUAAAAUAGCUAUAAUGGGCGAGGCAUCAGCGAAUAAUGUGAAUAAUUUUAACCAGAUAGUAUUUAUUAUGUAUAUGUUUUAAGGAAUUUUCUACUCUUAAUUCAAUUCUAUUAUUAUUGCUAUUA